CCCCAAAUCGCGCCCAGUCCCGGCUUCGCGUCCUUUGACAGGCGUUUCCCGCUAUGUCCCAGAGAACCGGCCUGUCCCCGUCCAACAUCUCCGAAGCAUCGACCUCGUCGCAGCCCUCAGUCGCCCAGCAGCCUUCGGGCUCCGGGGACACUACGUCGCCCGAGGCGAGAAAAUAUGUCACCCAGGCGUGCCAGCCCUGCCGUGCCAAGCGAUCCAAGUGUGACAACGCCCAUCCCACCUGCUCAGCCUGCGUAGCGCGAGGAACCCUGUGCGUCUACACCGAUGUCGACCGCCGGAGAGGCAAGCUGAGGGCGAACGAGACGGAUGCGUUACAGGAGAGAGUCCGGAAAUUCGAGAACAUGAUCAGAACUCUGACGCACGGGCCCGAGGAGGAGGCUUACGAAUUGCUGAGAAGACUGAGGACUAACCCAUCUCAAUCUCCAGGCGCCGAGGGGUUGGCGGAAUGGACACAGUCUCGGGAGAGAGACGCCGAUCUCAAUACUUCGGCUGCACGGGUCUACUCGGUCAAUGACCUGCCACCGGAACACUUGGUACUGUACGGCAUCAGAGCAUACUUUAAUUGCACCUAUACAUUAUUAUAUAUCUACGAAAAACAAGAGAUGGACGACAUCUUGAACCGGGUAUACCGAACCCACGAAGCUGUCGACAACGCGACCCUGUGCGAACUCUGCGCCGUAGCCGCGGUUGGAAACCAUUAUGAUGGUGAUAAGUUCGACGGGUCGAUCAUGGAAGCCUUAUUUCAAACCGCCACAAUUUAUAUGAGUGACUGUAUCGAGUCACAAUUCUUGCGAGGCAUGAGAGUUAUCCUGUGUCUCAGCAUUAUUUCUUCUCUCACGAAGCGCGCGAGUGCUCGUUUAUUGAUCGCGUCUGGAUUGAGACUGGCUCGGUGGGCGCGGCUGCAGCAGCAAGAUGUCUUGCCUUGGGUCGCUUACCGAAAAGUCUACCGGUCGCUUGUGUUUAUGGAAUGCUGGCUUGCUUCAAGCCUCGGAUAUCAGCCUGAUCUCAAUAACGACGAGGCCGAGUUUACGAGACAAGAGAUUAUCGAAGCUCAACCGACAACCGAGAACCGUAUCCAAGCCGAAAUAUGCACGGUCGGCCUGAUGAUGGCGGGUAUUCUGCUGGACGUCCACAAGUCGACUUCGGCGGUCUUCUCCAUUGUUGAGAAGCAUUCGAGCAUCUUGGGUGAGUGGCAGGAGAAACUCCCCGACUCCAUGAAGCUGGAAGCGCUAGUCCCAGGCCACGGAAACGGAUUCCCGGAGCCAGAACGACGGGCGCUUAUUCUCGUCCACGUGAUGUUUCUGGGAGCAAAAAUGAUGCUUCAGAGACGACUGUUGGUGGAAAUGGCAAACUGUCGAAUGAACAGGCGGUGGACGCUAGAUGGAACGCUAAGCCAAGGCGAGAGUAUUCAGAGGGAGUGCGUCGAGGCCGCCGAACUGUGUGUCAGUCUGCUUGAGAUACUCGGGUACACCAAACACAAAUUUCCUCGAUGUUGGCUCUGUGUUGGACACACCUUUAGCGCAUGCAGCGUCCUCCUUUUCGCGGCUGCUCAGCGCCUCUUAUACGACCAGAGAGAUAGGGUUCAGAUCUACCUCUCGAAAUCGCAGGAAUGUAUCAAUAUGCUCGCCAGCUGCAGUGUUGUCGACCGUGUGGCAAACUCCUUGCUUCAGAUCGUCCGACCGCUGCACCAGGAUCUUCAGCGACUAGCCAGUAUCGAAUCCAGCAGUCGACCGAAGAGCGGAAUCUACGACCUACUCGAAAACCCACAUGCGGAUGCUGCCACCAGUCCACCCACCACGGCGGGCACGCGAGGGUGGUCUCCAGGAGCCCAGCAAUACCAGGGCUUUCCCAGCGAACCCAGUACGACGCCACCGAUCCGCACCGCCGCUAUUCCGGCCAUGCAGAAUGCGAUUGAAGUUCUGGGAAAUCCGUUCGGCCUGCCGAGGAGGCUGAAUACCGAUUCGUCCGCUACAGGGGACCCUCACAUUCCGAGUUGGUGGAGUUGAUGAUACUGUGCACAGGUAUGGAUGGCUCUUGGCAGGUUUCGUUGGUCAGAACCGUGCCCAGAGAAAAGUGCCAACAAUACAGUUGGAUAAAGCGAUCUCGCUUGUUGCCGAAUUAAAGUUUGGUGGCUUGAAUCGAGGGAUCACAGGCGUCGUACAGACGCAGGAUAUAUUGAGGAGGACAUGGUACUUGGACCACGACUCGGUUGAUGGUGGUUUGAUGGGAUUAGUCCUCGGAUAGCUGGAUGUAUAGCUAGAAGGAUAGAUGAUUUGAUGAUGGACGAUAGAUAGAUGGACCGAUGCUGUGCUCACUGGAUUGGUGGACUGAUGGAUAGAAAAAUAGAAGAACCAAUGAUGGACGGAUGGAUAGAAAGGUGGACGAUUGAUGGCUGGAUUGAUAAAGUGGUUGGCGAUUGGUUGAAUGGUUGCUGGAUGGACUGAAGGAUGGACGAUUUGACGGUGGACGGCUGGAUUGAAUGAUGAAUGACUAGAUAUCGACAUGGAUGGAUGAACAAAAAGACGGAUGAUUUGGUGGGCUGACAAGCGCAUAGCAGGAGGCUUGGACGGCAGUAUGGAUGAUCUGACGCAGGACGGAUGGACAGCAGGAUUGAUGGCUUGAUGAUGAUAAGAGGGACAGUAGAAUGGAUGACUGGAUGGGUGGACAGCAGGAUGGAUAACUUGACUCAUGGAUGGAUGCAUAAAAGGACCGGUGAUCUGAUGGACUGACUGAUUGAUUGAUUGACUGGUGCUAUGAGAAAGAUGGAGGAUGCCAGUGCUGGAUGAGAGUUGUAGAGAGGUAGGCAAUAACCGUAUAUGAUGACAAUAGACGGUUAUUACUCCAUUAGACCGACGAUCUCAUGAACGCUUUCCGCAGAAUAAUGCAAAUGACCC